AAGAUUCCCUUCGUUGGCCACCACUUCGUCCGCGAGAUCCCAGCUUCGGACAACCCGUUCUAAAUGGCUUUAAUCGAGCAGACCUGAGGCGUGGUUAUCCCUGGCUGAGGUACGCGGGAACCUUGGGUUGGGUUAGGACAUUUUUUCAGCCUCGCGCGAAGAGGGGGCUUGUAUAAAAUGGAGCGUUUAUAGACCGUCAUUCAAGCAUUUCCCCGUCGCUCUGCUGUUUUCGGGACCCUUAUGGAAUGUUUUGUUGCCCGGUGUGUCGGGAGCCCCUGAGGCUGGCUCAGCGGGCUUGUCGCGAACUGUGCGCACGGACCAUUGAAACUGCAAUCCACACCACCUUCUGCAGGGCCUGCUGAGGACACUUGUGAGUUGCGAACAAAAUGACCUACUUUGUAAGAAUGAAAACGGCUGCGGAAAGCCCCAUAGGUGUCGCUGUUAAUUCCCGAUGAAUCCCUGCAGUUGGGAUGGCGUCCCUUCUUUCCCCGUAACUCGACUCAUUUUUCCUUUCUGCCGAGCCUUGCCAUGGACGCGCUGCAAGCAGUCCGUCAUGGCCUGACCUUGGGCGAGUUGCUCAAGGGACUCGGCAUCGCCUUUGCCCUGGGCCGACUGCUGUCACCAGGCUCAGAAAGCGGUCUCAAUAAGGCCGGCCUCUUGUCACCUUUGCACCGAGCUGAUGUUGUCAAGACCGCCGGAUUUUUCUCCCUCUUCCUGGCCGCCCGGUCUUGGCUUGCCUUUGUUGACAGAUACGCCCCUGAACCGUAUCUCGAUGAAGUUUUCCAUAUUCCGCAGGCGCAGGCCUACUGCGAAGGCCGCUUCUGGGAUUGGGAUGACAAGAUCACCACUCCGCCUGGCCUCUACCUGUUAUCCGUGGCAUACCACAAGCUAUGGGUGCUACCACAGUGCACUCCCUCCAGCCUGCGGUACAACAAUCUGCUUGCAACUCUUUUGACUGCAGUGCUUGCGGCGCAGUGUCGGCACCUGCUCGAGGUGCGCGCGGCGGAGCGUGAAGACAAACAGGUCCCACGCAACUGCUCCUUCUACUCUUACCACACAGGUCUCAAUAUUGCCCUGUUUCCCGUCCUCUUCUUCUUCUCGGCUCUCUACUACACCGACGUGGUAUCAGCCCUGACCGUCCUCGUCGCUUACCGAAACCAUCUGCUUCGGUUGGCUCCUCAGCCGCCCGGUCUUGUCAGCGAUGUCUGGACCGUGCUACUCGGCGUUGCCGCAUUGCUUAUGCGGCAGACCAAUGUCUUUUGGGUUGUUGUCUACAUGGGCGGGUUAGAAGCUGCCCAUGUGCUCCGGUCCGUCAAGCCCCCCGCAUGGCUACAGCUUGCCAAGCUCCAUGAUCCGCCGACGAACGAGUCCGGUCCUGAAGACUGGGUACUCUGCGCCUUGAGCAUUGGCGUGUCAGCCUUGUGCAACCCAGUAAGGGUUCUCAGGCAGAUAUGGCCUCACAUGGCGGUGUUGGCGAUGUUUGCCGGCUUUGUCGCCUGGAACGGUGGUGUCGUGCUUGGAGACAAGUCCAACCACGUUGCCACCAUCCACCUCGCGCAGAUGCUCUACAUCUGGCCUUUUUUUGCUUUUUUCUCCGCCCCCUUAUUCCUCCCAUCCCUCACAGCAGCCAUCACCAGCCCGCUGCGGUACCUCGGCUCCGUUCUCGCGAUCAACUCCCCUCGAUCAGCCUUGAUCUCCAUUUCCUACACCGUACUCACCAUCCUCCUCUCCCUCGCCGUGGUCAAGUACAACACCAUUAUCCAUCCGUUCACCCUCGCCGACAACAGGCACUACAUGUUCUACGCCUUCCGCUACACCAUCCUCCGCUCGCCAACCCUCCGCAUCGCCCUCGUCCCAAUAUACACCUUCUGCCGCUGGCUCGCCUGGGACACGCUUUCCGGCACACGCCACAACACCUCCCAUCUCACCUCCACCAGCACCGACACCAACAACAAACCCCGUAUCGGACAACCCUCAGCUACGAAACCUAGCCAGCAACCCAGCGCAUCGCAUCACCCCCGCGACGACCUCGCCCUGCUCGCCGACGAUACCUCCGGGACCAUCUCCACGCUCGGCCCGCCAACAUCCACAACCCUGCUCCUCCUCCUCGCGACCGCCCUCUCCCUCGUCACCGCCCCGCUCGUCGAGCCGCGGUAUUUCAUCCUGCCCUGGGUGUUCUACCGCCUGCUGGUGCCCGCGUGGUGCCCGCCCGAAAUCGCCGGCAGCGGCGGAUGCAGCAACACCAGCUCCAGCACCACCACCACGACCACGACCGGGACGAAAACCAAGUCCAAGUCCGAGACCAAGACCGACACGAACCAGGCAUCCUCAUGGCAAGGGAGGUGGCAAGCGCUGCACGCGGCGGCGCGGAAGGUGGACGCGCGGCUGGUGCUGGAGACGGCGUGGUUCGCGGCCGUCAACGGCGCGACCAUGGCGGUGUUCCUGUUCCGGCCGUUCUACUGGUGCGGCGAGGGCGGGGAGGUGCUGGACGGCGGGCGGGUGCAGAGGUUUAUGUGGUGAGUUCCAGUGGUCAUCGCGAGGUUGGAUGGAUGGUGUGAGGGUGGAUAGUUUCUUCGCUGGCUUGGCUUGUUUCUUUCGUGUUCUUUCAUGCUCCGCCUUCUGUGUUCAGGUCGGGGAGGCUUGUCUUUGAGACUGAGGAUACUUAGGGUUCGUAAAAUAGAUUUUAGUUAAACAAGCUUGAUACAAUGCGAUGCAUGUUGUGCUUCGCGAGCCUCA